AUGAUGAGACCCCGGAAUAAACCCCGCAUCUUCAUAACGCUGCACGCUCGUGGCAAGAACUCGCUGGGGGAGAACCGCACCCGUCUUGGAUACUCCGCUUACCACUGGGGCAUCCUAAUCUCACCGAAGAAUAAAGUUACGCACCCAACGUCAGCAUCCCAGUCCCCGACAUCUCCAUCCGCCUUGCACACCCUCUUCGAUGUCACUGAUUCACUGUAUGCUGACCCGGUCACUGGUGAGGCUAAGGAGAACUGGCGGUUCCGGGAGCGGGGUUCGCCUGAUCCAGUGAUGGCGUUUCAGAUCCUGGCGAGAGUUUUCGUGGGGAAGCUGGACCCUACAUGGGGAGAGGCUGACGGCGUUAAGGAAAAGUUCAGUGGUAUAGUAUUACCGAGGAAGGGGGUUCAGGGAGAGAGUUGUGUUAGUUGGACGCGGGAGGCGAUUGGCGUGUUGAAGAAGAUGGGGACUUUGCAGGCUGAUUUUGAUAUCGCGCAGUUUAUGGAUACUGCGUUGGGAUUUGCGGAUGAGAGUUUGAAAUGGAAGGGGGAAAUGGGUAGCAUACUGGACUAUAUAGGGACCGGAGGUGUGUAA